AUGGCCACGGCUGUGAAUGUCCUCCCUUCUGUGUCCCAGACGACUGCAGGUUCCCUGAUCCAGGCAGUGCUGACUCAGCCACCUUCAGUGUCAGCAAACCUGGGAGAAACUGCCCAGAUUACCUGCUCCGGGUUUAGCAGCAGCAGUGGUGUUGGCUGGUACCAGCAGAAGAUCCCUGGCAGUGGCACUGUCACCGUGAUCUAUGAGAGCAACCAGAGACCCUCGGGCAUCUCUUCACCAUUCUCCUGAUCAAUGUCUGGCUCCACAGGCACGUUAACCAUCACCGGGGUCCAAGCCAGUAUAGACGAGGCUGUCUAUUACUGUGGUGCCCAGGACAGCGGUGCUGAUCGGCUUCCAGGGCCCCACAGGGUGCCAUGCAGCUAUGCUGGCUGGUACCAGAAGAAGGUCCCUGGCAGCGCCCCUGUCACUGUGAUCUACAAGGACGACCAGAGACCCUCGGACAUCCCUUCACGAUUCUCCGGAUCCGUAUCUGGCUCCACGGGCACGUUAACCAUCACUGGGGUCCAAGCCGAGGACGAGGCUGUCUAUUACUUCGGUAGUGAAGGCAGCAGUGCUGAUCACAUGGCCCACCUCUCCAGCCUGGUGAACCUGGGAGAAACCGCCCAGAUCACCUGCUUCGGGCUUAGCAGCGGCUAUGCUGUUGGCUGGCACCAGCAGAAGGUCCCUGGCAGUGCCCCUGUCCCUGUGAUCUGUCGCAGCACCAGUAGGUCCUCGGACAUCUCUUCAGGAUUCUCCAGAUCUGGCACCAUGGCCACCUUAACCAUCACUGGGGUCCAAGCCAAGGACAAGGCUCUCUAUUACUGUGGUGGCCGUGACAGCAGCAGUUAUGAUCCCAUGGUGACAGAGAGCAGUGGGGAGCUGAUCCCCUGCUCCAGCAGCAGCUAUGGCUGGUUCCAGCAGAAGGUCCCUGGCAGUGCCCCUGUCACUGUCAUCUACAAUGACAACUACAGACCCUCAGACAUCCCUUCACGAUUCUCCGGAUCCACAUCUGGCACCACGGCCACGUUAACCAUCACUGGGGUUCAAGCCGAGGAUGAGGCUGUCUAUUACUGUGGUGGCUGGGGGGGCCAAAAGUCUGAUCGGGGCAGCACCUACUCAGCCCCCGUGGUAUACGUGUCCCCAAGAGUAAACACCUGGAUCUCCUGCUCCAGGACUAACAACUACUAUGGCUGGUUCCAGAAGAAGGUCCCUGGCAGUGCCCCUGUGACUGUGAAAUAUACUCAUGACAAGAGACCCUCGAACAUCUCUAUAUGGGAUUCUCCAGAUCCACAUCUGGCACCACGGGCACGUUAA